UAAACAUGGCGGCGUGUGAAGGUGUAGAUGAAUUACCAAAUUUGAAAAUAGAAAUUGAAAAUAAUGUUGAAGAACCUAUGGAAACGGAUGACUGCAGGGCAAACAUAGAAACCGAAUAUUUGAAAGAUGAUAUGGAAGAAGGUGAAAUAAGUGAUUCGAAGGACACAAUUGAAGAUGUGGACCCAAGGCCCACAGUGUCAACACACACAUCACGGGAUAUCGAGCGAAGAUAUGAGAAUAAAGCUGGUGGUUUUGUGACAGGAGUAGACAUUUUUGAUGAAGAUGAAAGGAAGAAACUUGAUGUUCGAGCCAAGAGAUUUGGACUCAGUCCUUCUGAGAGCAAAGCCCUCACAGAGCAACAGUUGAAAGAUCUGUAUGCAAGUUUGGGAGUGAAACCUGCUGAGAAUGUUGAAAAAUAUUAUCGACUCAAUGCCAUACACAUGCGAGGUACAGAGAAUAUGAGUACUCAAGACAUUUUUAGCUACUUCAGGGAUUAUGGACCUGCAUCUGUUGAGUGGAUAAACGACUGCUCGUGUAAUGUUGUGUGGUUAGAUGAAGCAUCUGCUGCAAGAGCUCUCCACGGUCUUUCUAAACAAAUACAAGGACUUGAAGCAUUUCAUGCAAAAGCUGACCCAUAUAGGAAAGAGGAAAAGAGACAGGCAGCAAACAAGCAGAGUGAUAAAAAUGAUGAUAUUGUUGUUUUGGACCAAAUUCGCUCUCAAGAUGGUGAAAUAAUCAUGGUUGUGGAUGAAGUUGAUGCUGAAUCUGAUGUACAUACUCCAUCUGAAGAUGUGAGAGUGAAUACUGCUCAAGUGUCAUCAAAUAAUGAAGCAAAGGAUACUGUUAAUGCUGUUGACAUCACAGUACCAAUACCACCUGGCUUAUGGCGAAAAGGUGCUGACUAUCCUAAGGCUAAAUGUAUUCUGCUUCGAUUUUCUACUAGAGCAGACAAGAAGUAUAGGCAUGCCGAAAAGUUAAGCGAAUAUUAUAAAAAACAUGGAAAUCCCAACUAUGGAGGUGUGAAAGGUAUUAUAACAACUUCAAGAAAAAGACGUUUCCAGGCCAUUGAUAUGAAUGAAAAAAAGUUUGAUGAUGAUCUGGGUGAUUAUUCAAGUGUUCGAGCUGAUUUAGUUCAAGAAACUAACAGUAAGAAUCCUUGGGGUGUGUUAGCGAAGAACUGGAGUACAAUGGAUAAAAGUUUGCUUAGAAGACCAAUCGUAGGACCUUACGAGAGUGAAUCUCCUCCCCCAUCUCCAGAUCCACCACCACGACAAGUUCCUCCUCGACAUCGGGAACAGAAUGAUUCUUCUGAUAACAGCAGCAAUGGUAAUAAUUCUCCUGACCAUGAUGAUGCGAGAUGGACUCGACGUAGUAAGGUUCCAAGAAUGCGGAUGUAUGCUGAUGAGGAACAAAUACGAUUGGAGAGGCGUCGCGCCAUAUCUCAGCAGCUCACCAGGCGACCGCGCACACGAUCUCCAUCACCAAGUGACCACAGCCGAUCACAAGAUCUGCGUCGCCGACUUGUAAAAGCACGUCGUGCAGUUACACCCGAUAUUAUUACUACAAGUGAUCUCCGCUCAAAGCUUAAUUUAAAAAAGACACUUAAACUAAAGGCAAGACAGAAGUCACCACUGCGAAUAGAAAUAGACAAUGAUGAAUACUAUAAAUUUCUAGAAAGUGAUCGAAUGUAACUGUUGUAUACUAUACUUUUUCUGUUUUGACAGAAAUAAUAUUCACUCAUAUGCUAUUAAAAUCAGAUAAGUUGAAAAAGUCA